AUGGAUCACGCCGUUCAAGACUCGCCUCAACCUCACUCUCCGAUGACUGCAGAGACCCAAUACGGGAGCUUUGCUCAAUGGAGCAGCAGCACGCCAAGUAAUAACACCGGGAAUCCCAGCUGCUCUGAGCGGUGGAAGCGCAGAAUAUUUGACAUCUUCUGUUUCCGUAUCCGUGCCGAGCCAGAAGAGAGUACCUCGGCAGCGCCAGGCGGCGGCGGCGGCGGCGAGGAACCGGAGAACCGAUACGUAGAGCUGGUGCCGACCAUCAAAGUGACUCCCGCGGAGCAGUCAGAAACGGUGCAGCCGGCGCCGACCCCCAGAGUGCCCCCGGCGGUGUAUACCCGCGACUAUCGCAGACCGCCGCGGGCAGAUUAUCAUAUACUCUUGAAGGUCGGGUCCGAGCACAGUAACCACCAGCAGCAGGGACAGCUGUCGCAAGGGCGGCAGCGGCAGCAGCAGCAGCAACAGGCACAGUUACUGAUACCGGCGGAAGGGACCCAGGACGGGCCGCAGAGGAGCGUCAGCAGCGUAUAUAGCUCCCGCGGAGGGGCGACCGGGAACUGCCUAACCGAGCCCUGCGGCUGCUGCGCUUAUUGGUGCCAUAAGAUCUGCUGCAGCGAUGAUGAUUGAAGGUUGCCAAGGCGCUUCUAACUGCUGCUCUACGAGGUGGCGAGCGAGCGUUCAUUUCUGGGAAAAUGCUCGGCAUCACGGAAAGGCGUUGAUGGAUUACUUGGAAAAGAAACAGCUAUCGGUACUCAUUCUUAUUGAGGCUAUAAUUAGAGUUCCAUGCGGCCUAAUAAAUGUUGGGAGUUUGUGCCCGACUGCCCUUGAAGAGCGUGGGUUUUUAUGAUAUUAAUACAGGAUAGGGGCAUGGCUAUGGACCUCCUAUAUGUUGGUUUUUUUGGGCUAUAGCGUAUGGAGUACCUAGUUCUGAUAGACAUAGCGAGUACAAACCGAAUCGAGCAAGUGAUCACGCGGUUUUGCGCAUGGGCUUUCUGAUGUACAUUGA